CUUUGUGAGCAAAGACUGGGCCAACACUUCCAACACUUCCAACUGUCACCACAAUAGCCAUCACUCAAAGACAUCACUUCUUUGAUUGUCAGUAAGUUUAAUGUCCGUCAGAUAUAACGAGAGCUUUGCGUUGGCUUUGAGUGGAGAGUGAAUUGAGUGACAGUUUGUAUGACAUGUGUUAACACUAACUGUAAUUGUGUUUACAUUUAAACUCAUUGUCUGAUUGUCUGAGCGUUUGAUUAAUGAAUCAAAACAACAAUCCAUUGGAAAUCGCGAAACAAUUUGUGGACCAAUUGUAUGCCUUCCGAGACAACUAUUUCAUCGAUUGCGGCAACGCUUCCAACGUUUCCCAACCAUUGAAAUCAAAUGAUAGCAAACAAAUCCAAGUGAACCACAAAUUAAGGGAAGUAUUGAGUCGUUUGGAUGAGUUGUCUGUCGCGUACUCGGAGUGGACGGCAAGCGAUCGGGCCUUAUAUGAGUUACAAAGGGGUCGAGCGUUGAAUAUAUCGGACAAAGAAAGCGAUGGUUUGGAAGCGAAGGAAGCGUUGAGUCGAGCCGUAAAACUAAGACCAGAAUUGAGUGAAGCGUGGAAUCAGUUGGGGGAACAGUUCCGCAAAAGAGGCGACUAUUCUUCGGCUCUCAAUUGCUUUGAGAGCGCAUUAAAGCAUGAAAUGAAUAAAAUAUCGCUAAGAAAUGCAUCGAUGGUAUUGAGACAAUUAGGAACCACUCCUGAAGAGAAAAACUCAAAUCUGUUGAAAAGUGUGGAAAGAGCUAAGAAAGCGCUCGAAUGUGAUGUUUGUGAUGGCAUUUCGUGGUAUAUUUUAGGAAACGCUUAUUUAACGCUAUUCUUCAAGUCUCAGACCAAAAGAGAUGAAUCCAUUUUGAAACUCUGUAAAGCGGCUUAUCUUAAGGCAUAUAACGAUGAAAAGGCCACAAAUCAAACCGACUUUCUCUUCAAUUACGCCACUGUUUGUCAUUUUGAUCUCGACUUUGAAAGGGCUCUAAAUUGUCUGCAAAGAGCCAUCACUAUAGACCCCGAAUGGGAGGAACCACUGGACAAACAAACGGGUUUAACGGCAUAUUUAAAAGACAUGUGUUCUAUGAUUGACAAAUUGGCAUCACUUAAGUCCAGAAGAAUAAAACUACUUAUUGAUAGUCUGAACAAAGACUCAAAACUCAAAAUUUAUGAUAAGAAAAAAUUUGUGGAAAUAAAAGGUUUAGAGAUUGGCACCAAUCAGUCAACAGAUUUGAUUUGUAAAGAAUUCUUCGCGUGUUAUAAAACUGGUCCCGUAUUCCAACACUUUUGCCUUCAAAUGCGCUCUUUUCGUGUCAUCGAUUACAUCGCGAAAGUCUUUUGUGUUGAGAAUUAA